UAUAUAUAUAUAUAUAUAUAGAACUAAAGCCAUCAAUCUCGUCAUCAGGGCAAUUGGAGCGACAAUGUCUGUUGAAAAGGUUCCGGUUUGCUGUAUUAUGGGUCAAACAGAUUGUGGGAAAACCAAAUUGUUGGAAUAUAUGGGAAGCUAUGAUGAUAUAAAGAAGCAGCAGCAGCAGCAGAAUCAUGGUGGCAGGAGUGCCGCUUUCUUUCCAGCCAAGUACAUAGAGGAGAGAGCAGCAGCAGGAGCAGCAGCAGCAGAAGAGAGAGAAGUGGAUGGUCCUUUAUCAAUCAAUCUCCCUGGUUUACUCAUCGUUGAUAUCUCCGCUGUUGAGUCAGAUUCUAACAAGCGUCUGCGGGCUUGGCUUUCAUGUGAUCUUCCUGUUUUAGUUCUUGACAUUGCUGUUGGGGUCGAUCAUGAAAUAAUUGACUUAGUCAAGCUCUUGAGAUUGUUUCAUAAGGAUUUCGUCCUUGUAUUGAAUAAGGUGGACAAACUUUUAGGAUGGAAAAAUUGCCCCAACACUCCUAUUUCAAGGGCAGUACCCCUGCAGAGGACAGAGGUGCAAUCUGAGUUAUCUUCAAGGAUCAAACAGGUUAAAACUGCGUUAACGAAGGAAGGAGUAGAAGCUGUCAGGAUUCUACCUACUAGCACAGUUAGUGGAGAAGGCGUUGCUGAUCUGCUGCUGACAUUGUAUGAUCGCAUCCAGAAAACUAUGGAUGAGAAGCUGUCUUUUCACUAAUGUAUGAUUCCUUUGAUCCUAUUUGAAUCAGGGAAAUAUUGCUCUUAGAAUAAGCAAAUAUCUGUUUAGACAAUCCAAAAAUCUUAAAGUAAACACACUAAAUAUGUAAUAUUUACCAUCUUAAACCAGAGAUGGUCAAUACGUGAAGGAAAUCAAUAUGGUACUAGCAGUCCACUUA